UCUCAUUCUAUUUCAGCGAAGAGGAAGUUAAAUACCAUUUGACACAGAAAUGCUACGGAUAGUGGUGUAAUAAUCUAUUGACUAUUCUUAUUUUUGCCGGAAAGAUGUGAAACGUUGUCAUAGUAAGACAAACCUCACAAUGGCCAGUUUUGGUGAAUCAUCCCUUGUUGUUGUUGCAUUCGAUUUUGGCACCACCUUCAGUGGCUAUGCAUUCUCCUUCCGGAAUGAUCCACUUAAGGUCCAGACCAAUGGAAACUGGAUUGCUGGAUCUGAAAAGUUGAUGUCUUUGAAAACGCCGACAUGCCUUCUCCUUGACCAACAUGACAACUUUCAUUCAUUUGGUUUUGAGGCUGAAAAUAAGUAUACGUCACUAGCAGAAGAUGGCCAACAUCAUGGCUGGAGGCUGUUCAGAAGGUUUAAAAUGAUGCUACAUAGCAACAAGAAACUUUCAAGAGGAGCGACUGUUGAAGAUAUCAACCAGAAGUCGAUGCCAGCGCUUCCCGUAUUUGCUAUGUCUAUUCGGUACUUAAGGGACCAUUUUCUUAAAGCCGUGGAAAAGCAGACAGCCGGUGUGGAAGAAACGGAUAUUCAAUAUGUCCUCACGGUUCCCGCGAUUUGGGAUGACAGCGCCAAGCAGUUUAUGAGAGAAGCUGCUAUUGAGGCUGGCAUCGAUCCAAGGCGACUGAAACUUGCAUAUGAGCCCGAGGCAGCCUCUAUCUGGUGUCAGAUUGUGACGUCAGAUGCGAAAGCGUCUCUUGAUAGACCCGGUGUUCGAUAUAUGGUCGUAGACCUAGGAGGAGGAACAGCGGAUAUUUCUGUUCAUGAAAAACAAGCAAAUGGAACGCUCAAGGAAAUUCACAAAGCAAGCGGAGGUCCAUGGGGUGGAAUUUACGUCGACGACAAUUACAUCACCAUGCUAUCUGAAGUAUUUGGUACAAGAGCUAUCGAAGAGCUGAAAAGAGAGGAAAUGGCUGACUAUUUCGACAUUUUAAGAGAAUUUGAGACAAAGAAGAGAACAUUUUCUACGAAAACUAAAGACAAGAUCACUUUUCGGAUAUCAGCUACUUUGAGAGAACUUUCCGAUAGGUUCGAAGGUGGAACGCUCAAGGAUCGAAUUGGAAAUCUUCGUUACGGGAGCAACCUUGAGCUUCGUGGAUCUGACAAGCUUAGAGUUGAUCCUCUGAUCAUCAGCGGCUGGUUCGAUGGUCCUCUAAAUUAUCUGCUAAGACAUGUGAAAGAACUUUUAAGAGAGCCGAAAAUGUCUGACGUUUCCGCAGUUUUGCUCGUGGGUGGAUUCGGGGAGAGUAUGUAUGUACAAGAAAGAUUGAAGUCAGAAAUCAUAAACAAGCAGAUAAUUGUUCCUGCAGAAGCUGGUCUGGUAGUGUUGAAAGGUGCAGUUCGGUUCGGGCACGAACCGGAUAUAGUAUCCGCGCGAAUCAUGCAGUAUACCUAUGGUUUUCGUGGCCGUACGCCUUUUAACGAGGAUAUACACCCAGAGUCCAACCUUGUCAUUCGGGACGACAAAAGGAAAUGCAAAGAUGCGUUUAUAAUCGUUGCUCGAGCAGGAGAUGAAAUUGAUUUCGGCGAUCAAAAGACGGUCGGAAGGGAUCCUGGAGGUAAUAUGGAGUUCACAACAUUCCCGAUUUUUCGAUGUCCGUCUCCAAAUCCAAUCCUUACAACGGAUAGAGGCUGUAGGCAAAUCGGACUUUUGAAAGUAUACCAUCCUGAAGGAGAUACUAAAUUUGACAAAAAGAUGAACGUCACCUUUAUGUUCGGUGAUACAGAACUGUUGGUGAAAGUUACGAUCCGAAAGACCGGAAAAACAUUCAAACUUGCGAUUGAUUGUCUUGAAUAAAGGAAUAAAUGUGGUAUACUGAUUUCUAUUUAAAUGUCUUAUAUAGGCUGACAUGUACAUUAGUUUACACAAACAAAGGCAAAAUAUUUAUCGCAUAUACGAUUUGCGUUUGUAAAUUCAACAGGAAGUGUGCUUUUUAGGUUAAAAUGGUCAAUUAAUCGACGAAUUUAUUAAGUUUGCUUAUAAUUUGUCCAUGUUAUCAUGGAAUUGUUGUAUAUGUUGUUGUUGUUUUUGUUGUCGCUGUUCUUGCGUUAUAACAUGGUGAAAGCAGCAUAUACAUUUUUGGAAGCAAAACUUUUUUUACUGUUUAACUAAAUUUAGCAGCAACUGUGAUAUAUUGUCUCCUUUGUUUGUUGAUAUAAUUGUUGAAACUAUCACUAAUUUUCAUUAAUUGAAUUGCUUCUAAGAGAUGAUGGAUUAUUCAACUUGGUGUACAUUUUGACUCUGUGUAUUAUCAUGUGUAUUGUUUAUCAUUUUCUUUUGAUUGAUUGUUUUGAUGGUGUCUAUAUAGCAUCAUGUAGAAGGUAGAAGGUGGAAAUGGCACGCCUAGUCCCGUUUACGCCUCGUCUACGUCCUACUAUUGGAUAUUUUGUAGACUAUAGCAUUAUUUAGAUCUCUAAAACCGGUCGUUUUACCCCUGAUUAAAGGCAAAUUGGAACAUCCAUAUCUUCGAAACUGAAAGGGCAACCAUAUCUUCGAAACUGAAAGGCCAAUUGGAACAUUCGGUUGCAACCAUAUCUUCGAAACUGAAAGGCCAAUUGGAACAUUCGUUUGCAACCAAAUCUUCGAAACUGAAAGGCCAAUUGGAACAUUCGGUUGCAACCAUAUCUUCGAAACUGAAAGGCCAAUUGGAACAUUCGGUUGCAACCAAAUCUUCGAAAGUGUUUUGCAGUGCGUAUAUAUAAUAUGAAUGAACAGUUUGAAACUAUGCAAGCUAUUUUCUGUAUAGAGCUACAUGAGAGUGUGGACGUGUUGUGUUUAGUGGCUUUAUUAUUGCAUAUUCAUAUUUUAUAUUUGUAUGUGCAUAUUAGAUUUUUUAUCCGCCUGUACUUUCCUAUUUGGAAAAUAUACCAGACUUUGUAGAAAUGCCAAAGAAUGCCAAAUCAAUGACAAAAUUAUAAGAAACGCGGUCUUAAUAAUACCAUUUUACUAUCUUGGAGCUUAUAUUUUGAAGCUAUAUUUUCAAGAAAUGCACUUUUUUUUAUAUUUUAUCUCUCCACAGAAUAUUUAUACGCUUUAAUUUUGAAAACACUUUGACAAUUUUGGGAAAAUAGACACUAUUUCUGUUUGAGAAAAACCUCUGUUAAAUGGGCAGCAAAUUUCACGAAAAAACUGCAUCUAUCUUACAAUAUCUGUCUCGCACUGGCAGUUGCAAAAUGUUUCUUGAACAUUCGUCGAAUGCAUUGUUUAAAUUAAAUGACUAACGUUCUUAGGACCUACCUCAAAAAGAGUGUCCCGGUUAAUAUCCACGUCAGUGUUAUGUGACUUCUGUAUACAUUUCAUAUUCGUGUAUAAAAUUCUUCAAAGCUGA